AUGUCAUCGGAAAAUAACAAGAACCGCUAGUUUAAAAAUUUCCUAGGAAAUUUAUAAACCUUCGUAGGAUUCUAAACGAGAGAUAAAUUGUAUUAAUUUACGCUCACAUUUUCUCAAAUUGAUAAACUUACGGAAAUCACGCGUAAAAUAAAAAGUAAGCAAUAACCAAACGCCAUGUGCGCUCUGAUUGGUUGAAUAAGUCACGUGCUCCUUCUCCACCGCCAUUGUUCGCCACGGAACAUAAACAAACCGGCUGCUCGUGUGUUUUUAUAAAGUUUUUAAUGUUGUAACAGUGUUGGAACUGUGAAAAUAGUUUUAUUUUAGUAGGGUUACUAAACCAGACCCAUAAUGAGUGACCUAGAAGCUGCGGACAGCCAAAAUGGUGAAGAUAGUACGGUAAAUGCUAGAAAAAUUGUUGACGAAGUGAAAUUUACCACAGAGCUACGAAAGUUUUAUAGUGGCUAUAACCAAAAUAGUAAGAAGUCGGAAUGGACAGAGGAAAAAAUUAAAAAUGUAAUUAAAAUGAUAGAAAAUUUUAAUAAAGCUAAAGUUUUGGGACGUCGGCCCACAGACAAAGAAUACUAUCACGCCAAAAAGUAUGAUAUUGUGACUUUUAAGAAAAGAGCAGCAGAAAAAAUGACAGCACAUUCAUCAAAAAAAUUUAGAAAUAUUGAUGUUGGUUCUACUGUGUUAGUCGAAGUUCCAAAAGUAGAUAGAGGGCCUUUAGAUAGCAAGAAUGUGGUCGGCAAAGUCAUAGAGAAAAAGAAUGAACUAUACAAAGUUGGCACUUCUUUUGGAGUCAUUAAUGACUGGUUGCCUCGAAACGCUGUCCUUCCAACCCCAGGAGAAAUUUUGACUAAUGAUCUUUCAGAGACCAAGUUACCAUUAAGAAAAGUAUCUGCGAUGUCUUCCGCAUUUGGUGGGCAAGGAAUGAAGCAAUGCAACUGCAAAAAAUAUUCUAAGGGACAAUGUUUAUCGAAUAAGUGCAAUUGUAAAAAAGCUAAUAUUUUGUGUAAUUCGAGGUGCCAUAAAUCUUUGACGUGUUGCAAUAAGUAGAUAAUCGGGAACUCAAUUCCGUUGCGAUAUAAACUUUUAAGUUUCAAUUUCCUUAUUUUUUUAUUGUUUUGUUAAUUUGUUACAUGUUUUAAGCAUAUCCAUACUAAUAUUAUAAAUGCGAAAGUGUGUCUGUUUGUCUGUCUGUCUGUCUGCUACGUUUUCACGGCUCAACCGCUGAACUGAUUUUAAUGAAAUCUAUGU